CUUUCUCGCUAGUUGCUCUUAACUUGUUGCCUACCUGCGGCUGCAGUCCUGGACGCCAACCCUUGCCCUUCUCCCCUUCCGUGGCGGCCGCCCCGAAGUGGAAACCGAGCGCCUAACUUCCCUCCGUCGUCCUUCCCCGGCUACUGCCAUCCCCCGCCCCCCGCCCCCUCCCGCCCCGGACUCAGGAAAUCCCGGAGCCGGCCGCCUGCGACGCCUCCAGCCCCGGCCCGCCCGCCUCGGCUGACCUCGCGGGCUCACGCCAGUUCCGGGGCGCUGAGCGGCUGCCUUGGCCCAGGGAAAUUAGCGGGGCUCCGACUGCCGGCCUCCCGCUCGUUUCCCUGGCCAUUCGCGAGAGCGCCGCGAUCGCACCGCAUCUCCCUAUGAAGCCUCAGACUACUCUGAAAGGUGUUUUUACCCAACUUAUCUACUGAGACAUUUGUCCCUCUUUCGUGACAUUUUAACAUCCUAGACCUUUAAAUGGACGAGAUGGCUACCACUCAGAUUUCCAAAGAUGAGCUUGAUGAACUGAAAGAGGCCUUUGCAAAAGUUGAUCUCAACAGCAAUGGAUUCAUCUGUGACUAUGAACUUCAUGAACUUUUCAAGGAAGCCAAUAUGCCAUUACCGGGAUACAAAGUGAGAGAAAUAAUUCAAAAACUCAUGCUGGAUGGUGACAGGAAUAAAGAUGGGAAGAUAAGUUUCGAUGAAUUUGUUUAUAUUUUCCAAGAGGUAAAAAGCAGUGAUAUUGCCAAAACCUUCCGCAAAGCGAUCAACAGGAAAGAAGGGAUUUGUGCUCUGGGAGGCACUUCAGAGCUUUCCAGUGAAGGAACACAGCAUUCUUACUCAGAGGAAGAAAAAUACGCUUUUGUUAACUGGAUAAACAAAGCUUUGGAAAAUGAUCCCGAUUGCAGACACGUUAUACCAAUGAACCCAAACACCGACGACCUGUUCAAAGCUGUUGGUGACGGAAUUGUGCUUUGUAAAAUGAUCAACCUUUCAGUUCCUGAUACAAUUGAUGAAAGGGCCAUCAACAAGAAGAAACUUACGCCCUUCAUCAUUCAGGAAAACUUGAACUUGGCACUGAACUCUGCUUCUGCCAUUGGGUGUCACGUUGUGAACAUCGGUGCAGAGGAUUUGCGGGCUGGGAAACCCCAUCUGGUUUUGGGACUGCUCUGGCAGAUCAUUAAGAUCGGUUUGUUCGCCGACAUUGAAUUAAGCAGGAAUGAAGCCUUGGCCGCCUUACUUCGAGACAGGGAGACUUUGGAGGAGCUCAUGAAACUGUCUCCAGAAGAGCUUCUGCUUAGAUGGGCCAACUUUCAUUUGGAAAACUCGGGCUGGCAAAAAAUCAACAACUUUAGUGCUGACAUCAAGGAUUCCAAAGCCUAUUUCCAUCUUCUCAAUCAAAUUGCACCAAAAGGACAAAAAGAAGGGGAACCACGGAUAGAUAUUAACAUGUCGGGUUUCAAUGAAACAGAUGAUUUGAAGAGAGCAGAGAGUAUGCUUCAACAAGCAGACAAGUUAGGUUGCAGACAGUUUGUUACCCCUGCUGAUGUUGUCAGUGGAAACCCCAAACUGAACUUGGCCUUUGUGGCUAACCUGUUCAAUAAAUACCCAGCACUAACGAAGCCAGAGAACCAGGAUAUUGACUGGACUCUAUUGGAAGGAGAAACUCGUGAAGAAAGAACCUUCCGUAACUGGAUGAACUCUCUUGGUGUUAAUCCCCAUGUAAACCAUCUCUAUGCUGACCUACAAGACGCCUUGGUAAUCUUACAGUUGUACGAACGAAUUAAAGUUCCUGUUGACUGGAGUAAGGUCAAUAAACCUCCAUACCCAAAACUCGGAGCCAACAUGAAAAAGCUGGAAAACUGCAACUAUGCUGUUGAACUGGGGAAGCAUCCUGCCAAAUUCUCCCUGGUCGGUAUUGGAGGGCAGGACCUGAAUGAUGGAAACCAAACUCUGACUUUAGCUUUGGUCUGGCAGCUGAUGAGAAGAUAUACCCUCAAUGUUCUGGAAGACCUUGGAGACGGGCAGAAAGCUAAUGAUGACAUCAUCGUAAGCUGGGUGAACAGAACAUUGAGUGAAGCUGGAAAAUCAACUUCCAUUCAGAGUUUUAAGGACAAGACGAUCAGCUCCAGCUUGGCGGUUGUGGAUUUAAUUGAUGCCAUCCAGCCGGGCUGCAUAAACUAUGACCUUGUUAAGAGUGGCAAUCUGACAGAAGAUGACAAGCAUAAUAACGCCAAGUACGCGGUGUCCAUGGCUAGAAGAAUUGGAGCCCGGGUGUAUGCUCUCCCCGAAGACCUUGUGGAAGUAAAGCCCAAGAUGGUCAUGACCGUGUUUGCAUGCUUGAUGGGCAGGGGAAUGAAGAGAGUGUAAAAUAACCAAUUUGAAUACAAACAGCCUUGCUCCCAGGUGCAUGGUUACCAGGUCAGCUAUUUCCAGGUGAUGUGCUCAUGGCUUAAGGAACUGUUGGUCAUCCUGAGAGCCCACAGGGGAAAGAGGUUGAAUGAAAACGACUCCCCUUUCCCAUCGCCGAAGUUGGAUUUGUCAGGCACCCCUGAAAUGUGCUCACGGCCAACUCAUUUUUACUCUCUCCUCCUAGAUUGCUGCCCUGGAUACUUCCCAUUGCUGUAUGUUAUGUCUGUGUAUCUUUUUCCCUCCUAGAACAUCCACAUCUUGAGACGUGCUUAGAUGAUUGGAUAUGAAUAUUCUUAGACCAUAAUUUUGCUUUCCAUCCAGUAUGCUCAUUCUCAUUCGAGAACUGUGGUCGGAGGGUAUUUGGAUAGGAGUACCUUUUGCUUUCUCUUCGUAGUACUGAAAAUUGGCAGAAGUAACUGGCUGUGCAGAAUGUAAUAGAAGCUUUUCGUAUUCUUUUAUUCUGAAAAUCAGUAUCUUUUUACAGUAUUCUUUCUACAUGAUCUUUUUUGUACAUUUAAGAAUAUUUUGAUUACAUUAAAUAAGACUGCUGAUUUUGCUACUUUUUUUAAGGGGUCUUCAAGUAAGUAAAAACCAUACAUUAUAGGUAGAGGAACAAAACGGACCUUCCAAUUUGCAUACCCUGGCCUCUCACACCCAAGCUGUAAACAAUUGACGCAUCUUAUCUUAAAACACUUGGUUCAGUAUACGCUUCUUUGUGUUACAACCUGUAUCCUCAGACUCUCUCUUUGGAUUUAAAAAUGUUGUUGAAUGACACUUUUGAGGAGAGAGUGUGCUCGGACCGUAGACAGGAUAUGCUAAGUGUACCAUCGAAUUUCCAAUUUUACACCUAAGACAAGGAGAUGUGGUCACUAAAGAAUAAAAAUAUGUAUGUAGGACUUAAUGUACUCUUGCUUUGUCCAGCUAUUUGCUAUAGUUUUCAAGAUCAUAAUGUUACUCUAACUCUGAAAAGUGAUGUAAUCUGGUAGCAAUGUAUUAGUUCAAAUAAAGGCAUUUACAUAAUAAUUAGUCUCUUCAUGUUUCUUGCACACUAUAUAAAAUGAUGUUUGUGGGGGCGCCUGCGUGGCUCACUUGGUUAAGCGUCCGACUUCGGCUCAGGUCAUGAUCUUGCGGUUCGUGGGUUCGAGCCCCGCGUUGGGCUCUGUGCUGACAGCUCAGAGCCUGGAGCCUGCUUCGGAUUCCGUGUCUCCCUCUUUCCGCCCCUCCCCCACUCACACUGUGUCUCUCUUGCUCUCUCAAAAAUAAACAUUAAAAAAAAUUUUUUUUUAAAAAACGGCUUUAAGGAAUAACUACAAGCUUCCUGCAAACAUACCGGAGUAACUGAUAAGGACAAUCACAUCUUACGACCUGUCUUCU